AUAUUUGUGGCAAACAAAGCAAAGCAAAGCAAAACUCCUAGUGGCGCUACUACAAUGGUGGUUGUUGCGUCGUCUUCGCAAGCGAUUAGUUUGAUCGGAGGAGGCCUCCGCCGUCGUCAAUCUGUCGCCGCAUCCUCAAAACUAGGUGGUACUGGUAUCCAAACCCUAACAACAAUGGUCAGAGUAGUAAAUCUUAGAUCCAAAACCUACAGGAAUUUCACAGUUAAAGCAUCAGCUAGUAGCGGAGGAGGAGGAUCGGCGCCGGGUUUGUAUUCAGCGAAGCAAUUCGAGCUCACCCAACAUAACGUCGACAAGGUCCUUGACGACGUCCGUCCUUACCUCAUCCAGGACGGUGGAAACGUCGACGUCGUGUCCGUCGAAGACGGUGUCAUCUCUCUCAAACUCAUAGGAGCGUGUGGGAGCUGUCCAAGCUCGACAACUACGAUGAAGAUGGGGAUCGAGAGAGUUCUGAAGGAGAAAUUUGGAGAUGCAGUGAAAGAUAUUCGGCAAGUAAACGACGACGAUGAAGGAGCAGGAAGUGGAACGAAUGCUGUAGAGGCAGUGAAUAGGCAUCUUGAUAUAUUGAGACCAGCCAUAAAGAACUACGGUGGGAGUGUGGAGGUUUUGUCUAUUGAAGAUGACAAUUGUCUGGUCAAGUAUGUUGGUCCUGACUCCAUUGGUUCGGGUAUCAAAGCUGCCAUUAAAGAGAGGUUUUCACACAUUAAGAAUGUCACUUUUACCACCUGAAGGAACAACAACAAGGGAAACAAACAAACAAACUGCUUUCACAUUAAUAAUGUUCAAAUCUUGUCUUAUAUAUAUGUUUUAUUUCUGGGAUUUUGCCCAUUUACUUGUAUUGGAUAAUUUUGAUCGAAAUGUAUGAACAACAAAACAAACGUGCUGUACGAACACCUGAUUGAUGAAAAGAAAAAAAAAGAUGGAUCUUAAUUUUUGUUUAUUUAUAUAA